CAGAGCACGUCGUGCAAAGGCCUUGGCACUUUGAAUAUCGCCAAGUGCCUCCCUCUUUACCCUCUCUUCGAGAUGCUAAAAAAUUAGUGUCUGCUGGCAACGUUUGUGGGUUUGGGGGUUGGGAAUGAGCGAACCGGAGCCGCGCGGGGAAGGGGCGCUGCCUCUGGAAGUCUCUUGUGCAUCCUCAGCAACCCCCCUGGCUCCGUGGGGGUGUGAGGGCAAACAGCAGGUGGCUGUUCGGGGUGAAUCUUCCUGAGCAAUGGCCUCACAGCCCCACACGCCCCCGAUGCUCACGGGGCUCCCCUCCCCGCUGUGUUCCAGGCUGGACGUGGCCGGGAUGGUGCAGCCGGAGCUGCUCGGGGCGGCCGCCGCGCUGAUGCUGCUCGGGGCGGCCGUCAGCCUCUGCGUCAAGUGCCAGCUCUCUGCUACCAAGAGGGAGAUGCGACUGAGUGAGCACAGGAGUCAGCUUGAAAGCCAGCAGAGGUUUGAGGUGAUUCGAUCCCAUUCCAGUGCAACCCGAAGGCUGGAAAAAACUAAGGGACCUGAAAACUUAUCAAUAGCAAGGAAAACUACCGAGCAGCUCAGUGCUUCCCACCACGCUGGAUACGGGAGCAGGGAUGAGUCCAGGUACCAGAAUUUCCUGACAGAGGAUUAUCUGCAAGGGGACUCUGACUACGUGGAGCCCAUUUCUCUGGAUUACAACAACCAUGCCAGGUUCUUCACUCGACCCAAGGAGAAAGAGGAAGAUUCCUAUUCCUAUGAAAAUGUCAUCAUUGGAGCGUCUCGCGGCUCUGACCCGGUCACAGAUGAGGCUGCAGACUAUGAGAACAGCGAGGCCAUGCACACAUGGAAGCUGCAGCAAGAGGAAGCCCUGCAGAGAGAGAGCCCAGAUGAGGAGCCAGUCUACAUCAACACAGCUCCUGCAUCAGUCCCUUUCCUGCUGUCAAAGCAAAGUAUUCUGCAUAAAGUCUGAAGAAAUCCUUGGCUGAGCUGUAGGAGCUCACCCAGCGAGCACGCACAGGGGGAGAGGGGAGAUUUCCAGCCCUCAGUGAAAUCUCUUCUCCAAAUUGUGCCCACAAUCACAUAGAAGGGAUGUUACUGAAAGGAAGAAAUGCUCUGCUUGAAGGCCCACAGAAGUCCCAACUGCAAACCUGCAACUGGAGAAAGCGCUCUGCCCACAGGGACCACGGGCAGGCCCCCACCUCAUCAUCCCACCUCAUUUCCCUGCAGGUCCACUCGAGGGAGGGUGGCCAGUCUGUGCAGUGUUUUCUCCUGUCAAGCAUGAAGUGAAUCCUUAAAUUGCUGAGCAGUAAUGCAGCCAGUUACUUAAUUUGUCAGGGUGACUCAUGCACGAUGGUACUAAGCCUUAGGGAUUAUGUUCUGAUGUAGUUCCUGUGCUGUCCUAUAGAAGCAGUUUCCUACAAGAGAGGAAUUGGCAAGGCAGAGGUUGUAUUUACAACAGCAGUAGUUCUGUGGAGCUCAAUGAGAUACCAACCUGUUCACAAAAGCUAAAGAGGAUUAAAUCCCUGCCUUAUCCACAGCUUGUGAUUCACAGUGUUGAUCUGUGGCAGUUUUCCUCGUGUUUCAGUAUCUGUUUCAUAACGAUACAAAGAACCAGCAGCAACUGAGAGGGUCAGAUCCACAGCCAGCAGCCUCAGACACUGCACCAGUCCCUCGGCAGGGCUGUAGGAACAUCAGCCCUGAAACAGGACCCCAGUCUCCUGAGCCCUGAUGCACAGAUCUGGCACUUUUGGACCACUUAUUUAUUAAAAUUGAAAAG